AUGCUUGAGUGCCCAUACAGUAGUGGCUGCGACGAUGGGCUUGCACGAAGCCUGGGGACGCUAGCAAACCUGCUGUGUGAAGUAAAAUGUAACGUGAAUGACAUACAACAUGAGUGGACUGACCUGCAGAAGGUCAUGUCUGGCAUCCCUGUACCCCAGAACCUGAUGAACUCAGACGAUGUGAUAGUUUCCCAGACUUCCCUGCAUAAAAUGUCCAUGGAGCUAGGACAGCUAAAACUUCUACUGCCGAAGCUUCUCAGCCAAACUCUGCUGGCCUCCACAAAAAAGCUGACACUGCUGGAGGAAGAAUCAGAGAAGAGGAAGAAAGAAAGCGAUCAACUGAAAGGUGAAGUUGUCCAUUGGAAAAACCAGCUUGCCACGGCAGUGGCUCAUGUGCAAAAGGAGAAGGCGGUACAGCUGGAGUUACAAGUGAGCAUCAAAGACCUGACCGAUCAACUGUCCCAGCAGUCGGAGUUCAGCUUCUCCUUGGGGUCUGUCUGUUGCACUCUCCUGUGGAGGCUUUCUAGACAAGAGGACUGUGUCCAGAUACUAGUCUCUGGGAGCAAGAGUGCCGAGUUCCUAGCCUUAGUGUCCAGCUCAGUGGACAGUUAUCUCAACACAUACAUGGAUGACCAGUGGCCAGAUCAAAGCUCGGACGAGGCGGCUUUCAUCCUGGCUCUCUGUGGGACAGUCACUAAUAUCGCGGCCUCGGCUCUAGGCAGGGAGCAUCUGGCAUCCAGUCUCCAGGGCCAGGCUGUAGUGGAUACAUUUAUAGCCUUCAUCAAGAAAGCUCCCUUGGGGAACAGUGCCAACAUGAAGAGUCUGAUGCUAAUGUUUCUGUACAACAUCAGUAUCAACCAGAAAGGUGUGAAGUAUCUGUGCUCCAAGCCUGGGCUGAUCCCCAUCAUGUGCUGGCAUAUUAAAGAAGAGAGUGACACAGAGUGCCGGGUCAACACACUUCGUGUUCUACAUUCCCUUACCUCUGACGAAGUGAGUGUUCGCAUCAUGCACGAGCUGAAAGAGAAU